CUUCACUAGCUCUGUCUCCAUUUCUCCUUAUCUCCAUAAAAACAGAGUAUAAUCCCAUUUCGUUAAGAACCUAAAUCACUUUUCCUUUCUCUCUCUCUCUUCUCUCUCUCCACCCAUGCAGCUUAUCUCAUUAUCAAUCAAUCCAAUCUGAUCAAGAUCAUAAUCUAAACCCUAAAAAUGGCUACAACAAUCAUCAAAUUCAACCCCCACAAAACCAUUUUCACUCUUCUCAUCAUCGGAAUUCUAUCAAUUCCAUCUGAUUGUUCCACCAUCAUGAGAAAUCUCAUCGAUGGCACAUCCUCUCCUGAUACCGGCGACGUCAAGUGUUCAUCCUGUCCCCCCUGCGGCGCCGACAAUCCCUGCUACCAAUCGCCGCCUCCUCCUCCACCUCCGCCGAAAAAACCGCCGUCUCCGAAGAAACCGCCGCCGUCUUCCUCAAACUGCCCUCCACCUCCAGCUCUUCCAUCGCCGGGAUAUAUUUACGUACCUGGGCCACCGGGAAACCUUUAUCCGAUCGACGCGUAUUAUAAUUCUUGGGCUGGCCGGAAUUUACCCACUAUGAUGGGAUUUGGAUUGUUGGUUGUUCUUGGAUUUCUUUGGUAAGAUUUCUCUGAUGAAUUUGGAAGAAUUGUUGGGUUUUUUUUCUUUUUCAGAUUCUAUAGAGAAAACAGAGAAGAAUUCAAGAUACUUCUAUGAAGAUCUAAGCACUAAUUCAAACAAUAAAAUAAUUCUCUCUCUCUCUCUCUCUUUACUACUAAUACUUUGUUUAGGGUUUAUUAUUAUUAUUAUGUAUUUAAUCCAUCUUAAUAAAUCUUAUUAUCGAUGUAUUUUUCUUCUAUUCUUGUAAGUGUAAAUUCAUUUCAAUUAUAAUGAAUAAUACAUG